UCCAAUUUAGCAUCAUCCGUGGUAACGACAGGUGGCAGGCAAAGAACAGUGUUUCCUCUAGUAUGCCUUGAAGCGGGAAUUUUUCCGCGCAAAUCCAUCUCAAAUUCAAAUACCCUCUCUUCCCUUUUACUUUUGGUGAUUGAACAUUAAGAAGCAACAAAAGCAAAGAAAACAAAACUUCAGGGAUCUUCAUCAUCGCGAAGAUCAUCUUUUAUGAGGGAGAUUUGCUACUUGCAACUGAAGAAGAGGCUAUUUUAGGACGAGAUAUCUCCACCAUUUCAAAUUCAUUCCCUUUCUCCUCUUUACUCUCAAGUCUCACCAGAUUUCAACUCCCCAAAUCGUACCUUCCACUUCAAAACAAACCCUAAAUCCCUUGAUACUCCAAUGCUUGCUCCGCCAUUUCACUCGGCACCUACAAGCUCAACAUCUUGCUCCGCCCUUUAUCUUCGUGUGACCUUGAUUGGUGACUCUAUUCAUGCUAUGUAGCCAAACAUGGGUCAAGGAGAAGCUGUACCUAUAUCUCAUUGUUGCAUAAAAAUCUAAUAUAGGAUCUGUACUAAGAGACUCCUACGAAGAAAUCUGACUUUGGAGAUCACUGGAAGCUUGGAAUCGAGGAUGGUGCGAAGCCUCAGGUGUACAAUGAAAAGCAUGAGAAGCUGUUAUCUGCUGUGGCUGGGGUGGGAGACGGUCGUGGUGGUUCAUAGUGGUGCCACAGAUUGUGUACAUCCUGAGCGGCACAAACAGGGACGCGUGGAGUGGGUUCUCAAUAUAGGCCUUUGAGAAUCUCUGGGGAUUCGUUCGUCUCUCCCUUACAUUUGCGGUUAUGCUCUGAGUUAGGCUUGACAAUGGGAUAUCUGCAAAGACAUCUAUGAAGAUGUGAAAAAGUGACAAUGUUUCGGAUGACUACUGUGAUAUGGAGCUUGACGAGAUGGAGCAUGCAAAAGAUGAUUUUGAUGUCAAUGAUUAUGGCGAGGAGGAUGAGAAAGAACAAGGAGAAGAGGAAGAAGAUGGAGAGGAAAGAACAAUUGAGGAAGACCAAAGUGGAUGGAAUAAUGAUGAGAUGGAACACCUUGAGAUACAAAUGUCCCAAAUCAGAGAGAGAAAGAGAUGUAUAUGACAAGUUUGGCUACACCUAUCAGAAUAGAGAACAGAAUAAUGAAUAUAUAGGGAUUCACCCUCGACUUAAAGCUAAGAUCAAAGGUGUAUUUGUGCUGCAGUUUAAUGACAAGACUAUUUUAUGUUGUAUUAUCUGGCAAGGGUUUACACUAUUGACACAAUCUUAAAAGUGACUUUUCUAUCUUUAUUCUUUAAUCUCUGAUUCAUUUUUAAAUCUCUGUAGGAUUUGACUGAGAAAUAAGGAAGAAGUAAAGGGUAGAACAGUACUAUGAAAAAGAACUAAAAAUCUAUAACAAUAACGAUUAAUUAUU